GGAGAGUACGUUUAAUUUCAGAAAGCUGACGGGCUAGGUUUCUGAUAUUACUAUAGCUAAGUGACUUCCCUCCCCUAAGCUAGGCUUGAACAAUGGAAUAUAAAUACAGUCUUCCCACCUCAUACUCCCUUUCGAAGAGUGCAAAAUGGCGACCACUAUACUUGAUUAUUUGACUCAACCAAAUGUUACCUUGAUCUGCCGCGGCACUACUUCAACACCAACAUACAACCCGAAUUGGACCAGUGUUGAAUAUAUCUACGAAUGGUCAGACUUCACAUACCAGAAUGUUGUCCAGAGAUAUGCGUCGGAGCUGGCAGAGAAGCGGGACUUUACAAACCCAUGCCGUCAGUAUCAGGACGCAGACCUAAACGUACUAUAUUUGGAACGCAGUAUGAGUGAUUUACUUGCCGCGACGAACAUGCUCAUUGUAUCGGCGAUGCUGCCGAAAGGCCAGUUCAUUGCUGACAGCUCUCGAACGACUGAAAUGGGAGAUAUAUCUCCAGAUUGGGGUGCCGGUGACGAUUCAAAGCCUCUGAACCUGUUGAAGCGAACCAAAGCUCUCCUCUAUGGAGACACCAAAUACCUUUGGUCUCAUGAGGAUGCGAUCAAUCUUCUUCAGAGCAACUCAGGCCACAACUACCUUGACGUCGAUGCAAAACAGAUGGCAUCCCUUGCUAAUCCAUUUGAGCAAGUUCAACACUACGGCAUACGGAAUAAAACAUCUAUACACUUUAUUAUCUCCAAUAAAGCUCUGAUCCUCGUUCGUCUCCAUUUGGCGCCUGAAACAAUACAAACAUCCCCCAGACAGCUGCGCAGUUCCACCAGGCCGGUCAAUCAACGCAUCCCUUCUGUGACUCCUCAAACUAGUCCGAUAUUUUCCGGGCGUCCGCGCAUCUCUUCGCUAUCUUCCAGUGUUGAAGCAAUGAGCAUUGAUGAUACGAGCAUGAGUCCCGGGAAAAUAAGCUCCAGCACCAAUGACCCGUCGGUCAGGCCCCAAGACUUUUGGCCUGACAUCGCUAGUAUGCAUUAUACAGUGAUCCCUUGGGAGCAAGCACGAAAGGAUGGAAUGACUGUGAAUCUUGCUAUAUGGGCCGGGAUUAGAAUCUCAAGCGAGAACAACACUCUUCAGGUAGAAUACGACCCGUUGACCCCACAGCCAACACGCGCUAUCGGGACACCUCUAAGAACGAGAAUCCUCCCGAAUGCAAAUCAGCAGAGUGAGAAGGGGAAAGCUGCCGAUAGAGGGAGCCCAACAGCCACCACUACUCAAACAGGUACGGCCAAUGUCCAAUACCGCGAUGUCAAUCUUUUUCUGUCCUCCAAAGGCACAGGGUACAACUAUCAAAUGGACGGCAAGUGGGUUAUCAAUGAUUCAAAAAACAAUUGGACGGUUAUUGGUGACAAGCUUUACAACUACAAGGUGAAGCCGUAUCUACGCGCCGACAAACUAUAGGACAGGGGCCCUUGCGCCUUCGACUGCUUUUCAACAUAGCAGAUGCAGAUUUCAACAUGCCGAAAGGCCUGGAUAUCUUUCAACAGGUAUAGUCAUCUAUUAUUCCAAUGACGUGUCGCUCCGUCUCAAUGCCUGCCAGUUCUAUGUUUUAUUCUCACUCCUUACUUACCCUAUAACCAUGUUACUUCAACCAGAAUUUACUGCUUAAU